AUGCUGCUGGAGCUGCUGGUGGGGGCCCUGAAGAUGGACACUCCAAUAGUCACCAUCGGUGACGGACUCACCUCCAUCUCCUGUGGCAUGAUCUCCAGGCUGCCUCAGCUGUUUUUUCGAGGCUUCGAGAUGUCGACAUACAUGUUUGUGUGGGAAAAGUACAGUGUCCUGGAGUUGCCCUGGGACUCCCCCUGGACCUGGUGGAGCUGCCUGCUGGGAGUGGACCUCUGCUACUACUGGGUCCACCGCUUCGCUCACGAGUCAAGUCUCAGAGAGAGACCUGUUCUGAGUCCAAACCCCAGCUCUGAAUGCCGACUGUUCGGUAGACGCAACAAGCUGGUCAGGAGGGCCAGCUCCACUCUGGGCUCCCCCCUGGACUCUGUGGAGGAGGUGAGGGACAGGAGGCCCCUGGACUCUGUGGAGGAGGUGAGGCACAGGAGGCCCCUGGACUCUGUGGAGGAGGUGAGGGACAGGAGGCCCCUGGACUCUGUGGAGGAGGUGAGGGACAGGAGGCCCCUGGACUCUGUGGAGGAGGUGAGGGACAGGAGGCCCCUGGACUCUGUGGAGGAGCCAAACUAUGCAAGUGUCCCGUCGAGCCCCAGCCAUGUGGACCUCGCCUCCCACUUCCUAUCACUGACAACACACAUCAAUCUUCUCAACCCGGCCAUGGAGCUUCCAGUGGAAGGAGGAGGCAGAGAGGGGGGGAGGAGGAACGAGGGGGAGGAGAAGGAGGAGAAGGAUGGGGAGUAG